AUGUCUCUAAACCACACCAGAAGAAUGAGAUUCAGAUGGAAUUCGGCUGUGAUGUUGGCCUCAAGGACCUUAAAUCCAGUGUUCCUUCUUGUUAUUCCGCUAGUUAUCUGUUGCUACAUGAUUUUCAUGAAUUGGCCGAUGUUUUCCAUCGGAUUAUUACUCGCAUUUCUCUGGGCAAUCCAUGGUCUUGUCAAUGCUGUGGCCACAAUCUCAGUGUUUCGGCCUUAUCGUCAUGUUGUGAAGAGUUCCUUCUGCAAGAUGAUAUACAAGGAGAAAUAUAUAAGCAGAAAGUAAGUUGUGAUUACCCUAAAAUUUAAGAAUAAGUUGUAAAUCUUUUAGUACUCUAAUAACAGGAUACACGGGGGUUAUUAUACAACGGUGCAAAUGUUGGAUUUUUUUUGUCGUAAAGCAUAAAUUACAAUUUCUACAAAAAUUUUGCAGUUUUUUUGGUUUAGUCAUCACUUUAAAUAAGCUUUUCUAAAUGAAAAUUAGAUUUGCAGUACUCAAAAUAGAGUUUAACGGUCGCAAAGGCCUUUAGUGUUCCCCUUUUGUAGUCUAUGUAUUUGACUUUUUAUAUUUCAGCUCAUUUCAACGCACAUUUCGAAGUACAACAGAAGCACCAAUUAAAGUAAAUCAAAUCGGAACCAUCUCCAAUGCAAUGAGUACUAUCCAAAAUGAAAGCCAAUGA